AUGUCGACUCAAAAGACGUCUGGCCCUGAGGGCAAUAAGCUCUUCGCCCGUGACCACCUGUUCAACCUGUCGGGGAGGGUCGCUCUCGUCACCGGCGGUGGCUCUGGCAUCGGCCUCAUGGCUACCCAAGCCCUGGCUGGCAACGGUGCCAAGGUGUACAUCACGGGCCGCAACAAGGAAAAGCUCGAUACCGUAGUCAACACGUACAACAAGAAUAUCAGCGGCGAGAUUAUUGGCAUCCCGGCCGACGUGACCAACAAGGAGGACGUGGCACGACUCGUCUCGGAGAUUGAGUCGCGAGAACCGUGCCUGUGCAUCCUUGUCAACAACGCUGGCAUCAGCUCGGCGACUUUUGAGACAGAGGCCAGCUCGGCCCAGGAGAUGAAGAGCAAGCUCUUCGACGACAAGUCAGCCAACUUCGAGGACUGGGACAAUGUCCACCGGACCAACGUCGCCGGCGUCUAUUUUGUCUCCGUGGCCUUCCUGCCUCACCUGCAGCGGUCCACCGAGCGCCACCCCGGCUGGUCCGGCACCAUCGUCAACAUCACCAGCAUCAGCGGCAUGGUCAAGACCGCUCAGCACCAUUUCGCUUACAACGCCUCCAAAGCCGCCGCCAUCCACAUCAACCGCAUGCUGGCCGCUGAACUCGCCGCCAACAAUAUCCCCAUCCGGGUCAACAGCAUCGCUCCUGGCGUCUUCCCCAGCGAGAUGACCGCCGGCGAAUCCGACGAGACCCAGAAGAGCGGUCUGGCCAAGGACAAGUACGAAGGCAAGGUCCCCGCUGGACGUCCUGGUCAGGACGAGGAUAUGGCUUCUGCCGUGCUGUUCCUGGCUUGCAAUCAGUACCUUAAUGGCCAGAACAUAGCCGUGGAUGGCGGUUACACCCUGGUCGCUGGGCUCUGA